AGUUCGUGCGUAUUUCUCAACAGAUGUCGUUUGAAGGCGAAUAUCAUAUGUUUAUGUCGAUGCGAUGUGUCAGAUGCUUUCGUGUUUUGAUUAGUGACAUUUCAAAGCAUAAUUAGUGAUAUUCAUUAUCCCAAUAAAUUAAAAACUGUUUACUUGAAAUCAGCUUAAAGAUGGAAGGAAAUAACGUGUUUUUUCGAUGCAUAAUGCUUUUUUAUUUCCGCAAAGGCAAGAACGCGACACAAACUCGAAAAAAAAUAUGUGCCGUAUACGGGGAAGAUGCCGUAAGUGAUCGCAUGUGCCAGAAGUGGUUUGCUAAAUUUCGUUCAGGAGAAAUGAAUAUUGAAGAUGCUCCUCGCUCUGGCCGGCCAGUCACCACCGAUGUCGACCAAAUUACAGCUUUAAUCGAUUCCGAUCGGCAAAUCACAGUUCGGGAAAUCGCAGCAAGGUUAAACAUUGGCAAAUCAGUUGUUUCCGAACAUUUAAACAAGCUCCAGAUUAUAAAAAAGCUUGAUGUUUGGGUACCGCACGACUUAACUGAAAAAAAUCGUAUUGAUCGCAUUUCCAUCAGCGAUUUGCUAUACAAACGCAACGAAUACGAUCCAUUUUUGAAGCGUAUCAUAACAGGCGACGAAAAGUGGAUAAUUUAUAAUAAUGUCGAGCGUAAAAGGUCAUGGAGCAAGCGAGAUGAACCGCCAUCGACCACUCCGAAGGCAGGUUUACAUCCAAAGAAGUUUACAGACUCGACAAAAAUUAUUGGCGCUUGGCUGGGAUGUUUUGCCUCAUCCACCAUAUUCCCCCGACAUUGCACCCUCGGAUUAUCAUUUAUUUCGGUCGCUACAAAAUUCAAUUAAUGGUUUAAACUUUGCUUCUUUGGAACUCCUCAAAAACUACUUGGACAGCUUUUUCGCCGAAAAACCCCAGGACUUCUACGAGAGGGGAAUUUUGAAAUUACCCAAAAGAUGGAAAAGUAUUGUGCAAAAUAAUGGUGCAUAUGUUACAGAAUAAAAUUACUUUUAACAAUAAAAAUUUGUCGUUUGAAUUUUGCUUAAAAAUCCGCA